CUUAUUUCAACCGGGACGGGAAAGUGUUUAAAUUGAUUUGAAAUGUUUAACUCCCAGAAGUUUUUCAACGUUUCUAAUAUAGUGCUACAUUCAAUAAAGCAGAGAAUUCAUUAUUUUGAUAAAAAUAAUAAUAAUACUAUCUUGCAAGUGAAGUGCUAUGCUAUCAAAACCAAUCUAGCUACUACCUAGUGUGCGCGUUCUGUUUUCCUGAAAUGGCGAAAGAAACUGUAAAUUGCCCGCGCUGGCGGAGAUGUGCACAAUCUACGUUUAAUUUACAAGACAUUCCUGGUUCUUACGCAGUACAAUGUUAUCAACAUUAUCCAGCUGUAGAACAAGCAACGUUGUACGAUUUUGUGAUAUUGUCAGACGUGGCAAAUAAGUGGAUGAAGUUCGUCACUUUUGUUACUACGGAUCACAAGCCUAUAGGAGUUGGAAAAAUGUACAAAGUUGCAAUAGGUACACAAACAUUUCUUUUCGUUACUGUCGAACAUCAGCAAGGCCAAUAUCUUAUUCUGCAAAAUAGCCAUAAAAACGACAUACUAAACCUACGUGUUGAGAUUCGUUUUACCACAGUGUUUUGUGUACCGAUGCAGUUGGAAGCAAAUGAUGUAGUACAAAAACAAUUGGAUUCAUUUUCAACGGUAAAAGCUAAUGCGACUGGCGAAAUGGACAGCAUGAUUAAUAACACAAUAUCGAAUGUGCAGAAUGCAAAACAGCAACGUCGUGAUGUCUUUUCAUCUCGAAAAUGCGGGAGUGAGUUAAGCUUCAAGCUAUAUUCUCUAUACGACUCGUUGUUAUUUCAGGUAAUUAUUACUAUGCCCUGUUUUGGUGAUAAAUUCAGAUUAGAUUCCCAAUCUGCAAUCUGUUUUUCUUCUCAGAACACUAUCGGAGUUAUGAUUCGAUAUUUGUUAAGUCUGCGCCUGGAACAUUCCUUGACGAACCUGGCACACAUUUUGCCGCAUGUGGAAAGAUAG